CAGGAGAGAUCCCCUGAGAGUAGGGCUGGCCCGAGCUCCACAGAGAAGGCCAGGAGAGCCAGAGGCACCGAAUGAGGUAAUUUGCAUCCCCUGAAGAUCUCUCCAUUAGUGGAAGAUGUGGCCACUCAUUAUGUUGAUGGCACUGCCAGGACUCCAUGCCCAGCAGGCUUGUUCUCGGGGGGCCUGCUACCCUCCUGUGGGGGACUUGUUGGUUGGAAGGACACGAUUCCUUAAAGCUUCCUCUACCUGUGGAAUGACGAAGCCUGAGACUUACUGUACCCCAUAUGGCGAGUGGAAAAUGAAAUGCUGUAAGUGUGACUCCCGGCUGCCUCAUGGCUACAACAGUCACCGGGUGGAGAAUGUGCUCUCCUCCUCUGGCCCCACACGCUGGUGGCAGUCCCAAAAUGAUGUGAGUCCUGUUUCUCUGCAACUGGAUCUGGAUAGGAAAUUCCAGCUCCAGGACAUCAUGCUGGACUUACAGGGACCUCUACCAGCGGGCAUGCUGAUUGAACAUUCCCCAGACUUUGGAAAGACUUGGAAGGUCUAUCAAUACCUGGCCCCCAACUGUGCUGCCACUUUCCCCCAGCUCCGCCAGGGCCGGCCUCAAAGCUGGCAGGAUGUUCGGUGCCAGCCACUGUCAACCCAGCACACUGGGCCCAACCGUGGGGGAAAGGUGCACCUCAACCUUUUGGACUUCGCAUCUGGAAUUCCGGCCACUCAGAGUCAGAAGAUACAUGAACUGGGGGAAAUUACCAACUUGAGAGUUAACUUCACCAGGCUGGCUUCAGUGCCCCAGAGAGGCUACCACCCACCCAGUGCCUAUUUUGCUGUGUCACAACUGCGUUUACAGGGAAGCUGCUUCUGCCAUGGCCAUGCUGACCGUUGUGCUCCUCUCCCAGGCAUCCCUGCUGACCCCUCAGCUAGAGUCCAGGUCCAUGAUGUCUGUGUUUGCCAGCAUAAUACUGCUGGUCUCAACUGUGACCGCUGUGCUCCCUUCUACAACAACCGACCCUGGAAAGCUGCUGAUGACCAGAAUCCUCAUGAAUGCCAGAGGUGUGAGUGUAAUGGGCAUUCAGAGACCUGCCACUUUGACCCAGCUGUGUUUGCUGCCAGCCAGGGGGUGAGCGGAGGUGUGUGUGACAAUUGCCAGGACCACACCGAAGGGAACAACUGUGAGAGAUGUCAGCUGCACUACUUUCGGAACCGCCGUCCAGGCGCUCUCAUUCAGGAGACCUGCAUUCCUUGUGAAUGUGACCCAGAUGGGGCAGUGCCUGGAGCUCCCUGUGACCCACUGACUGGACAGUGUGUGUGCAAAGAGAAUGUGAAGGGAGAACGCUGUGACCUAUGCAAGCCUGGUUUCACUGGACUCACUCAUACCAAUCCACAGGGCUGUACUCGCUGUGACUGUAGCAUCCUGGGAUCUCGCCGAGACAUGCCCUGUGAUGAGGAGACUGGCCGUUGCCUCUGUCUGCCCAAUGUGGUUGGUCCCAAGUGUGAUCAGUGUGCUCCCAAUUAUUGGAAGGUGGCCAGUGGCAGGGGCUGUGAGCCGUGCAACUGUGACCCUCACAAUUCCUACAGCCCCCAGUGUAACCAGUUCACAGGUCAGUGCCAGUGCCGGGAAGGAUUUGAUGGUCCGACGUGCAGUGCUGCUUCUAUCCGCCAGUGUCCUGAUCGGUCUUAUGGAGAUAUUGGGACAGCAUGUCGAGCUUGUGAUUGUGACUUCCGGGGGACAGAGGGCCCAGGUUGUGACAAAGCUACAGGUCAGUGUCUGUGUCGUCCCGGCUUUGCUGGUCCCCGUUGUGACCAAUGCCAGAGAGGCUUCUGUGACAACUACCCCGUCUGUGUGGCCUGCCACUCCUGCUUCCAGACAUUUGAUAGGAACAUCCGAGAGGAAGCCCUGCGUCUUAGGUCCCUGCUCAACACCACAGCUGGGAUCCGGCCAGGGUCUGGCCUUGGGGACCAUGUGUUGGGCCCCCGGAUUGGGGAGGCAGAGAACAGCAUCCGGCAGAUUCAUGCGAUCCUCAGAACACCUUCAGUCACAGAGCAAGAGAUAACUGAGGUGGCAAACAUCAUCUUCUCUGUCAGGAGGUCCCUCCAGAAUCUGCAGACAAAUUUGCCCUUAGAAGAGGAAACAGAUUCACUUUUAGGAGAGCUGGAGAAUCUGGACAGAAGUCUUAAACUCCUCCUCAUCCAGUAUCAGAACAAGAGAGAACAGUUUGAGAGAAUUAGCAGCACAGAUCCUUCAGGUUCCUUCCGAAUGCUGAACUCUGCCUACCAGACAUCUUCUCAAGCUGCUCAACGUAUUGCUAGCAGUUCAAACUUGCUGCUCCAAGUCCAUAAUAGCCGGAAAGAAGCUGAAAGGCUGGAGAGGCAGCUGGAAGGAAGUGGAAGUGCUGGUGGGUCACAGCUACAGACCCUAAGACAACAAAUGGCUUCAUUUCCCAAUCUGACACCCACCAUCAACAAGAUUUGUGGGACCACAAGGCAGGAGACCUGUACCCCAGGACAAUGCCAAGGGAUAACAUGCCCCCGAGACAAUGGCACAGCCUGUGGUGCUGAUUGUAGAGGCAUCCUCCGGCAGGCGGGUGGUGCCUUCAGGAUUGCUAAGCAAAUGUCCCAACAGCUCCAGGACUUCAAUGCUCAGCUCCAGCAAACCAGGCAGAUGAUCAGGGAAGCAGAAGAAGCUGCUACCCAGAUCCAGACAGAUGCCCAACGCCUAGAGAUCCAGGUGAGCAACAGCCGUUCUCAGAUGGAAGAGGAUGUCCGUCGUACCCGCCUCCUCAUCCAGCAGGUCCGGGACUUUCUCACUGACCCCAGCACAGAUGCAGCCACCAUCCAGGAGAUCAGCGAAUCAGUUUUGGCUCUAUGGCUGCCUACAGACUCAGCUACAGUCCUUCGGAAGAUGAAUGAAAUACAGGCCAUUGCUGCCAGAUUACCUAAUGUGGACCUGAUUCUGUCACAGACCAAGCAGGAUAUUACUCGGGCUCGAAAGCUCCAGGAGGAGGCAGAAUUGGCCAGGAGCCGUGCCAUUACUGUGGAAGGCCAAGUAGAGGAUGUGGUUGAGAACCUCCGACAGGGCAUGGUAGCUCUUCAGGAGGCAGAGGACACCAUGCUAGGUACCAGUCGCUCCCUGGGACUCCUGCAGGAUCGGAUCACUGAGGUCCAGCAGGUUCUUGCACCAACAGAAAGGAUGGUGACAGGUAUGACAGAGCAGUUGACUAGCUUCAGGGACCGGAUUGAACAGCUUCGUCACAGUAUUGGGGAGCAGAGAGCACAGUCUGCCCAAGCCCAGGAGAUUGCCCAGGGAGCCAGUGAGCAUGCUCUCAAUGCUCAACAGGGAUUUGAGAGAGUGAAACAAAAGUAUGAAGAACUGAAGAACCGAAUGGGUCAGAGUCCCAUGCUGGGGGAGCAGGGGAACCGGAUCUUGAAUGUCAAGUCUGAGGCUGAAGAGCUCUUUGAGGAGACCAUGACAAUGAUGGACAGGAUGAAAGACAUGGAAGCAGAGCUGCUGAUGGGAAGCCAGGACAUCAUCCGACGUUCAGCAGACCUCAGUGGUUUGGAAAAGCGUGUGGAGAAGAUACGGGACCACAUUAACGAGCGGGUGCUCUACUACGCCACCUGUCAAUGAUCUGUUACACUCAAUUCCUGGGCCCUGCCAGUUUUUGCUUUUCCUUGGGGAGUAGGAACCAGCUCUUAGCUCCACAUUGCUUCUCUUACUUUCCAAGAAAUAUCCUAGAAGCCCUGGGUCUGUGUAAGCAGCUGGUCAGAUUAUUGGCAGUGGCAGAUGAGAAGAGGUAGACUGGACCACUGUGGUCUUGUCUUUGAAGCCAGCCAAACCAUGGAGAUAGGAACAUCUCAGAUGGAUAGAGGGGAUUGCUGAAGCACCAAAUAAAUACCCAACUAUUAAGUGAUAAAUGAAUGUAAAGCAGUCACCAACACAAUAAAAAUCUUGGUUUUGUAAAGGA